AUGGCUCAACAUGCAAAUCGAAGUUGUUCAGUUAGAGAAAAUCAACCGAAGAAUUUACUUACCGAUGAAGUACCAUCGUUUAGUCUUGGUUUAACACAAGACGAAGUUUUUAAUUUGGGUUCUACUAAUGUUUUCUCUAAUAAAGGUGUUACCAUUGAAGAGUUGAGAUCUAAGCACCGUAAAGAUUCCGAAAAGAUUGUGGAAAUAAUGAAAAGGAAAGGAUUGACAAAAACUUCAUCUCCCACAAAAUUUCAAAAAUCAAUGAAAAGAAAAAAUUCAGAUGAAAAAGGAGAAUGUAGUAAAAUUGCAAAUCCCGUUGCAUCAGAUUCUGAAUCUAAACAAGAGAAAGUGGAGGAGGUCAUUCGUGAUCAAAUAUUCAUAGUCCAGGUAUUGCCCAAAUUUGCUCCUCAUAUAGGAUGUCAUAUGGUCAAUGACAUUGAAGAUCAUAUUAAGACAAUGUUGACGAAGAGUCAGUACAAGAUGUUUUGUACUAAAAGUAUAUUUGAUUUCUUCAUGAAGAAGAAAGAUUGUGUAGUCCAAGCCCAGUUAGGGAGAUGCAUUAUGUCACUUGAAACUAGGGAAAGUUCUACAAGUGCCAUAGUCAUUCAAUCAAAGGGCACAAUUCUUCAUUUCACUAUUAGAGAGUUUGCUUUGGUGACUGGUUUGAAUUGUGCUACAAAUAAGGAUGAAUUUGUGUUUGACGAGAAGCGCCCAAAUAGAAUUAUUGAUCAAUAUUUUGAUGGUGAGAGUUUUGUACAGAAAAAAGAUUUAUAUGCUGCUGUUUCUGACAAAAUUUGGGGGAAUGAUAAUGAUGAAGAUGCGUUAAAAUUUGCCAAUUUAUAUUUUAUUCACGCAUUCUUACUAUCGCCAGUUGAUACCGUAGCUAUUCCACGCCUCCACUUUGAUUUGGUUGAGAGUGGUCGCUACAGUGAUUAUCCGUGGGGAUCGGUUGCAUUUGAAGAAUUAGCUAGAAGUUUGCAUAAAAAGUUGAAGCCGAAAGGAAAGUUCUAUAUGCUUCUUGGAAUACCACUGGCCAUUCAAAUUUGGUUGUACGAGUGUUGUUCAAACGUGCCUCGUAAUGUUGCUUCCAAGGUGGUUUCUCAAAUCCCUCGUAUUUUGAAUUGGAAGACAAAUUCUCCUCAUCCAAGAUAUGAAACUCUUAAGGAAAGUAUGUUUGAUGAUACAAAUGACAAGCCAACAAGAAAGGAGAUUUCAGCUUUUCAUAUAUCGAAGAAGCUUGUUCCUGGAUCUGCUAGUCAUAAUGAAGAUGACAUUGAUUCGGAUAAUGAUUUUCAGGAUCCUCCACAAAGACAAAAUCAGUUUAGCACAAAAAAAAAAUAUCAUGGCGAUUUCUCAACUUCACCUAUAAAGAAAAAAAUGAAGCCACAUCCUAAAGGUGUAGAUGAGCUGACAUCAAAACGGACCCCUCCACCCCGUGCUGCAAAUAUGCCUUUUGUCAGGACUCCAAUUCACAAGCCAAUUCAAACAAAAGUUACGCUACGUGGAAAUAGGAAGGACAUAAACCGGCCUGACAGUAAAAAAUCUAUUCUGGUUCGGUUACCUGCUCUAUCUUCGUUUAGUUCUGAAGAUGAAGACGGUGUUGUCUCGAAGAAAGUCUUUGAUAAGUUUUGUGAAAAGGUAUGGCAAGAGUUUAAUGAUAUCCGUGGCCUAGUGUCUUCCAGGUUUGAUCAGAUGAUGGAUGCAAUCAAUGAAAAUAAGAAACAAGCAAAAGGCAGCGAAUUUGAUCAGCCACCAGCGGAUGAAAAUGUUAAGAGUACAUCACCCCAUCAAGCGACUACAAAAAUUGUUCAUGAGUUUAAUAAGAAUCCUGAAGUCUCAUUGGAAAAAACUGAUAUAGAUGUUCAUGAAGCAAAAGAUGUUUGUGUCGCUCCGAUCACAAAAUCAGUUGACGAAAGUAUUGGUGAAGCACAAAUAUCAGAAUCUCAACUCACAUUUUCAGAUGACGUCCUUAGAAGCAUUGAUCUUGACUCCAUAACAAAAUCCAAUGUUGAAGUUGAAGAUGAGUUCAAGAAUACUCUUCCGGAUAAGCUUCUUCCCAGUCUUAAUGCGUAUGUUAAUCUUGAAGGAAGUAUAAUUGUACAUCCAUCAGCAAAUCAAGCACAACAAACGCCAAUGCAUGUUUCAAGGAUUAGGCGACCAUCUAGAUACAAUGAGUCACCAUUCACAAUGAAAUUUGGUUCAGCAUAUGUUGUAUUUUUGGAACAACAAAAUACAUCUGUUGCAGUUUUCAGACAUGAUUUGACUUUUGUUUCAGCAGAACAGCAAAGAAGAACAUUAUUUGAAGGAAAAGGCAAAAUACCAGUUAUCAACUUUGAAAUUUUAUCUGUUGAAGACAAGAAUUGGUUCUACGUUAUGGGUACUCCUAGCCAGACGUGGUCAGAUGAGCAAAUUGAUGUAUGCUUGUACUAUCUGCGAAAAAAGUCCAAGUAUGAUCCCAAUAUCUCAUAUAAGUUCAGCACUGUAGACUGCAAUUUCAUGAACAUUGUUAGAACUGUUUUUGAUGUGUAUAAAUUGGAUGAUGCAACUCUUAAUGCUGGUGGAAAGAAAUAUCAUCUAAAUGAGUAUGUAAGUGGAUUCCGCAUGCAUGCUACAGUGUCAUGGUAUACGGUUGAUCAUAUGUUCAUUCCUGUUCACGUAAAGGCAAAACAUCAUUGGGUUCUUGCAGUUAUAUCUUUCAAUCAUAGGUGUAUAUACGUAUAUGAUUCUUUGUCAGCUGCUGGUCAUGAUGCGACAGUGCUUACUGAAAUUGAAAAGUUAGCUAAGGUUAUACCUAUAUGUCUCAUUGAAUGUAAAUUCUACGAGAAUAAGGGUAUUGACAUCGACAAUCAUCCUAAUUACAAAUUGAAUGAUAAGAUGGAUCCAUUUGGUAUUUCAAUUGUGGAGAAUGAUUGUGGUUUGUAUAUGGUUACAUAUGUUGAGUGUCUUACUUUUGGUGAAGCUGUUCCAUGUAUUGACUUUGACCCAGAUUUAAUUCACAUAAGAUACGCUUCACUGUUGUGGGAUUAUGGUACUGGGAAAGCAAACGCAAAGGCACAAAGUGAUGAUGAAGCACCAAUGAGGCCUCUUCGGAUCACUGAAUUAACAGAAGGCACUGAAGUGGUUGAUAUUUGA